GUCACGCUGUCGGGUCAGAACUGGAACCUCAGAGCCACAGCGUCGCCCACGUGGCAUUAGCCGCCGGGACCGUCACGCUGCAGCUGGCCCCCAAAUGCCCUGUCUAGUGAUGUGUGUUUCCCCGACCUGGGAUCUGGUGGAGAAUUACACACUGCGCUCGACUGCCACACGGCCUUUCUAACAAGCGAAGCUCACUUCAAGUCCCGGCCAGGUGUCCUGCACGGGAGCCCACACGCGGGUUGUGUCUGUGUGUGCACCACCCACUCCUCUAGCUGCUGCAUUUUCUGCAAACUGGAGCUCAGAUUUCGGGGCUCAACUGAAUGGAUGAGUCUGGAAAAUACUCCAGUCCCCUCGUCCCAUGACUCGGAGCUGGUGGCCUCCAUGUCCAGGAAGUUGCGGGACCUCGAGCGCCAGGUGAAGGCUCAGUCUGACGAGAUGCUCUUGAAGGAUCAGAAGAUCUCGGCCCUGGAGGACCUGGUGCAGACGCUCCAGCAGCACCACGGUGAGGCGACUGCUCAGCGGCAGGAGGAGCUGGAGGCCAUGUGCGCGCAGCUGCAGCGACAGGUCGGAGAGAUGGAGCGGUUCCUUGGUGACUACGGCCUGCAGUGGGUGGGUGAGCCCAUGGACCUGGAGGGGGCGGACGACAAGCUCCUGUUAGAGGACAGCGAGGACUGGAUGACAGCCAAGAAGUUCUGGAAGCCAGGGGACUCGCUGGUGCCCCCCGAGGUGGACUUUGACAGGCUGCUGGCCAGCCUGCAGGACCUCAGUGAGCUGGUGGCCGAGAGUGACCCGCAGGUGGUGCCGGUCCCGGGGGGCGCGCGGCUCCGGGCCCUGGAGCCCAUCCCGCUGAAGCUCUACCGCAACGGCAUCGUGAUGUUCGACGGGCCCUUCCGGCCCUUCCGCCAGCCCUCCACACAGCGCUGCCUGCGGGACAUACUGGACGGCUUCUUCCCCUCAGAGCUCCAGCGACUAUACCCCGAUGGGGUCCCCUUCAAGGUGAGUGACCUGCGCCAUCAGGUCUACCCGGAGGACAGGCUGGACCUGUUCCCAGGCGAGGGCCGUGUUGUGGGCCAGCAGAGGAUGCGCAAGGCCGUGGACAGGGUGGAGGAGCACCCAGGCUCCAGGAUGACGGCCGAGAAGUUUCUCAACAGGCUCCCCAAGUUUGUGAUCCGGCAAGGCGAGGUGGUUGACAUCCGAGGCCCCAUCCGAGACACCCUGCAGAACUGCUGCCCGUUUUCUGCGCGGAUCCAGGAGGUUGUAGUGGAGACGCCUGCCUUGGCUGCUGAGCGUGAGAGGAAUCGGGUGUCCCCCAACACACCGGCACCCCCACUCUCCAUGCUGCGCAUCAAGUCUGAGAGCGGGGAGCAGGCCUUCCUGCUGCUGAUGCGGCCUGAGGACACGGUGGGCGACCUGCGGGCCCUGCUGGCGCAGGCCAGGGCCAUGGAUGCCACCACCUUCGAGGCCAUGAGUACCUUCCCACCCACGGUCUACCACGACGAUGCGCUGACGCUGCAGGCUGCAGGCUUGGUGCCCAACGCCGCGCUGCUGCUGCGGGAGCGCAGGGCCCGGCCAGGCAGCCUCAGCCAGGCUCCCGGCCCCGGCCCCAACCCAGGUCCCGGUCCCAACCCAGGCCCCAGCCCCAAAUAAAGCGCCCGCCCAUCCCAACACUGGCUGUGCCUGAGGCUCUCCUGGCGGGCCUUCUCACUGAGCUGAGCGGAGCCAAG